AUGGAAGCUCCUGGUUCAAGAAAUGGCUCCGACCAGGGCUUGCAGAAGAGUUUGAGUGAUGAUUAUGAAGGCCUGACCGUCUCGAGUGCAGCAUCAUCGAGUAGGUUUGGUAGUCCUGCGCUUGAAUCCCAAACCAAAUGGGCAGAUGAAGUAUCGGCCUUGAUGGCUAUGGAGGAAUUUGUUGUCCAGGGUAUUUCUGAUAUACUCAAGGAUGGGUCUGUUGAAAGUUUGGAACAAGUGCCACGAAAGCUGAUAAAAUAUUCCGAGCUUUUGGCUCAGCAAGGGCGCGGCAAACCGCUUUGGUCUCGUAUAAAACACGAAAUCGGAAGUUCAUUAAUUGCAACAAGCCAAACCAUUGUCAAUCUGGGCCAGAACGAUCAUUUUAUUAUUGACGCGGUAGCAAUUUUGAAUCGGACUCGGCUGGUGCUUUCAGUUCUGUCCAAAAUCUACUCAUUAGUUUCAGGUUCUUCCGCAAAAGAUGCGCGCUUUUUGAAUAUGGGUGUUAUUACGGAUGUUGUUCUUGGUCAUGAGGAAAUAAUUGACCGCUUGUGCGCAGUCUACGUGGAGGCCAUUGAUCUUAUCAUUGAAGAUACGGAGUUGCAGAUUCCGAUUGACAGCAUGGUGAACCUCUCCGGUUUCUUUUCAGGAGAGAGUCUAAAAACAUUCCUUCAAUUGAUCCAAAAUAGGGUCAUAACAAGCGCGAAAGAGCUGCUGGAGAAACAACAGUCACUUUUUUCAGGUGAGCGUAAGGAUCGAUUGUUACUUCGGCAUUGUCAGCUCUUGACUAGUUGGAUCCACACGCUAGAGCAUGCCUGGAAUAAAGUAGGAUUGGGCAAAGUAACGGCAAACCAGGAAGUUCUGGAGGUGAUUGUUAGCUCAGCUAUCACAGAGGCCAAUCUUAUUCUUUUUGGCUGCCUCCCAGCUGUUUUAAUUCGCAACAAUGCAAAAGCGUUGACCGCCUACCAAAGAUUGAUUUCAACAAUGAAAGGCUCUGUCGCUACUAGUGACCAGUUUGUUAGAAGAGCUCUGGGACAAGCAUGUACCCAGAUCGUUAACUCAGGUCUCAAACCGAUCGAGAGGGCGGCUAUCUUCCAAAGGCUGCAUGCUCUCCUCGUGCGAUGCCCAGCACCAGAUAGUCGAUCUUAUCAGCCCUUUGAAAUGUGGACCAAGGCUUUGGAAGAGACCGAUGUUGAUACAGCCAAAAUAGGCAGAGAUCUGGCUCGGUACGUUCUUUUUGAAAUUGGUUCACCGCGAGGUAUGAAUUCUAUCUCUAAAAGAAACAAGCGGGUAUUGAAUGCUGGUGACUUGGUCUCAUCCCUGAAUGAAGACUCUAAAAAGAAGUUUGUGAGUGAACUCUUGAACAGUCUCAAAGCGCUUUUGUUGCCUCGUCCAGAUGGCAAAACUGUUGACAUUGAUCAAGAACACCAGAAAUUGAUUGUGGCCACUCUGGACAAAAUCGAUCGUAAAUACGGUUAUUUUGCAAAAAUCAUAUUGAGUGAUUGUCAGGUCAGUGCGAGCCUCGAUGAAUGUGCAUUAAUUGGUAACCGCUCCGCUUGGCAUUUGGACUAUCAAUUGUCUACCGUAACUGGUACAAAAGUCCAGAAUCAAUACGAGGAGUUGUACACUGACAGAAAGGCUGUCAUUUCUGAGGCACUUUCCUCGACCCAGAUUUUUUUCGGUGGUGACUCCUUCUUUGUCUCUAACGUUCAGUUAGCCAUACUGAAACAUCUCGAAAGCUCCACAAAUACCUACAAAACCCUUGUUCAACAGUUACCCUUUGAGCGUUCUGAAAUUAGAAAUGCUCUAGUUGAUCUGCUGAGCGGUAGAGCCGAGCUUAUCCUCUGGCAUUCCCACCUGCCAGGUAAAACCUUCAAGCGUGACGAUGUUUUCGCGUUGAAUCCAAAUCCUAUGCCAAAAUCCAAGUUCUUAUACCGCUUACGAGUCGCAGACCAUGAUUUGCCAGAGGAGGACUGA